GUUACAAGUUUUUCCAUCUAUUUCAACUCAAUUUACAUACAAUCAUAAUAUGAAAUCUACAGUUAUCUUUAAACUUAUAGCUGCAAUUGCAGUUUCUUCUGUAUCAGCCCAACAAGCUGCAAGUUCACCAACUGCCGGAAGCUCCAUUUCACCUGUCGUUGUUGUUGCUUCAGCAACAAGCUCUAUAAGUACUCCUGAAGUUCCUGCUGCCACACCAUCUUCUACUUCUUCAUGUCCCGUUCAAAGCACAUUUGAGUUAUGUUUAAAGAAUGAAGAUAAUUAUAUCAAAACCUGUCAAGAACAAGAUUAUGCUUGCUUGUGCAGAUGGCAUAAAGAAAAACUGACUUGCUGGAAUAAUUGUCCCCACGAUUUGGGCCUUCCAAACCAACAAGCUUUAGUGAACGACUACUGCUCCAGACCUGGCGCCAAUGUCUCUAUUGCUCCUUGGACAAGUAGUGCUCCAGCUACUUCAGCUACGCUUGCGCCCACCCAGGUUGCUGUCAAUACACCAUCUUCAUCACCUACUGCUGCUACCAACAAACCAUCCAGUGCCUCUAACUUGCUUGCUCACCAAAGUGGAGCUGUGCUAGCUGCUGGUGCUGCAGCAAUUGCUGCGUAUAUGUUUUUGUAAUAGGUGGUAAAUCACUUGGAGAUUUUCAACCAAUACUCUAUUCAUUGAAAGGUUGAAAAGUUAAGUCUAGAUUGAGAACCUACUGUCAUUGCCGUCGUAACGGAGAAAAAAAAAGUCUUUCUUUUGUUUUCUGGUUUUUUUUUUUUUUUUUUUU